UGCAUUUUGCGACGACGUUUCUCUACUCUAGUGAAAUCUUCAAUGAGUUUGCUUCGGUUCGGCGAAUCAUAAUUUUGAUAGGUGCCUACAUAACUUAUCGUCCUCAGUCAUUUGGACGGCGGACGCUGGUGAAGUGAAACAUAUAUAAAAUUUCGCGGACGGGGCUUUAACCAUUUCUACGUUAUUGGUAAAUAAGCCGGCUGGAAAACUGCCGCGCUGCCCAUUGCGGCAUCCGGCUCUUUGAAAACACUUUGUUCUUACUCUAAUGUGAAAUGAAUUGGCCAUGAACGACAACAAAAUGAGUACGAACAGCGUGGAAGCCGAGUAUAUGGACAUCGCCAACAGAAAUGCUUGGCCGAUCGUCUACCAGAAAAUUGGUAGAGAAUGCCAGUCAUACCCGUACACAUGCAUAGAAGCGAAGAAGCCGCAGAACAAGCCGCUGAACCGCUAUCGCGAUGUGAACCCGUACGAUCACAGCCGCAUCAUACUGAAAAGAUGCGAGCGGGAUUACAUCAACGCUAACUUAGUAAAGAUGGACAGAGCGAACAGGAGUUAUAUACUCACCCAGGGCCCGCUGGCGUUCACCGUCAGCCACAUGUGGCUGAUGAUAUGGGAGCAGAACAGCCGCGCCAUCCUGAUGCUGAACAAGAUCAUCGAGAAGAACGAGAUCAAGUGCCACUGGUACUGGCCCCACGGCGUGGGCGACAUGCACAAGAUGGAACUGACAGAUGUCAAGUUGACCGUGGAGCAAAUCAGCGAGGAGGACUGCAACUAUUACUGCACGAGGGUUUUCAAAAUCGUCGACCAGGAGACAUCGGAGAGUCGGGAAGUGAUCCAGUUCCACUACACGACGUGGCCCGAUUUCGGGGUGCCGUCAUCCCCCAACGCUUUCCUGGAGUUCCUCCGCAAGGUGCGCUCCUCCGGCUGCCUGGAGCCAGACGUGGGGCCGGCAGUGGUCCAUUGCAGCGCCGGCAUAGGGCGUUCUGGUACCUUCUGCCUGGUGGACUCCUGUUUGGUUAUUAUCGAGAAGGAAGGCCUCGACAGCGUGAACAUCCAGCAGAUACUUCUGGAGAUGCGUCGCGAUCGCAUGGGACUGAUCCAGACUCCGGAUCAACUCAGAUUUUCGUACCAGGCCAUCAUCGAGGGCGCCAAGAGGCUUGAUCCUAAUUACAAAGAGGAGUCUAAAAUGGAAGAGAGUAUAUACUCGUCCGUGGCGGCUGACGAGGAGGAAGCUCCGCCCCCUCCCCCGCCCCCCCGCGCCGAGAGCCUCACCCGCGCCCCGGCUAGGCCCCUGCCCGCCAUACCGACCAGCACUUCGCUCGGCAACCUUCACCAGUACACCCAGGAGUCUUCAUCUUCUGACGAGAGCCCGCCGACACCUCCCGCGAGGGAGUCUUCCUCGUCAUCGGCGGAUGAUGAAGAUGAUGAACCUUCUCCGCAUACCGCUGACAGCGGUGAAACGUCCGAGACUCUGCGCAGGCGUCGCACCCGCGAACUGGCCGACCGCGUGACGGCAAUGAAGAGACGCGCACGCGACGCCGAGAAGUGGCACGCGCUCAAGAGGUCCUUGUAUAAACCUCUCACAAUCACAUUCGGCUUCAUACUAGCGGGCAUUUUCAUAUACUCAUACGUCAAACAUUAAAAUGGCCGACUCUCCCGAUAAGUAAAAUACAUGUGCGGGCACGGUUGCGGUGAAACUUUGACGCUUGUCGGGCCUAUAGUCAUCGGAACAUGUUAGGGUAUAGAAGUGACAUGUUUCUUGUACUUGAAAUCGGGUUGUUGUCUUUGCGUCUGCGCGUAGCUGUAUAGCUGUCAGAUUCAAUUGUUAAUUGAGAUCUUGGCGAUUGCCAUCAGUUGCUACGUCACAUUCAUAAGUGCCUGCCAUUUCUGUAAUCUAAUGUUGUUCUGAAUUUUUCGGUCGGAAUAUUAGUAAAUAUUCUUUUUUGAUAAUCCAAUUGCGUUGUGAGCUGUGCUGUUUUCAGUUAAAAAAAAAAAGAAAUGUGACACCCGAAGAAGUUUCACUCCAACACGUGCAAUGGCGGCUAACGUCAUUUUGACAGCUGUCAAAAUAUCAACCGCCAAUCGGCCAAUACGCAGUCUUUGGCACGGUCCGCGUCAAUUUAAGAUUUUAGCUCAUUUUUUAUCGAAUUUUUAUACGGUGUUUAUUAACAAUUUUUUAUACAAUUUAUUAAUCAACGACUAAUUUAAUUAUCGGGGCGUGCCGAAGUUGUGAUAUACGUGUAGCUAUGUGUUGACGGAAUCUGAGAAAAAAAAAAAAAGAAAACAUCCAUCCAAUACUGUAUUUCUAUUGAUUUGAUACAUUUAAUUUUCACAUUUGAAAAUUUAUUAAUAAAAUAUUGAACAGUCUAGUUGGUGUGGUCUCGAUGUUGAUAGUUGGCGUACAUCGGAGUACAAUUGGACCGAGCCAACUAGGCUUGUGUGAUAAGCGUGUAGCGUUAAUGGUCGAUAGAAAUUCGGUAUGCACGUUAAAUGUACGCAUUUGUAUCGAUGUUAUAUAUGAGAAUGAAUGUCGCACGACCAAAGCGUUUGAAAACAGCAAUGUUCGAAUCAUUUCCAUCAGUUAAAUUGAACGGUUAUAUGUUUGUAUUAUGAUCAACUUUAGGCACGAAAAAUUUUUUUUUAUUAUAUUGAUUAUUUGAAAGGAUCCAUAGACACAUUGUUCUACAAUACAUACAUAUAGUCACGUCUAUAUCCCUCGUGGGUUUGACGAGAGCCGACAGUUUUAAAAAGACUGAUAGGCCAUGUUUAGCUGUUCGGCUUAAUAAUAGAAUUGAGAUUCAAAUAGUGACAGGUUGCUAACCCAUAGCUUAAAAAAGAAUCCCGACUUUAUAAGCCUGUCCCUUAGUCGCCUUUUACAACAUCCAUGGGAAAGAGAUGGAGUGGUCCAAUUCUUACUUUUAUCGGUACCGGGAACCACACGGCACAUUGUUCUAUCGCGGGUCAUUUCUCUAUUUUAUGUAAAAAUAUAUAUUGAUUUAAUAAAAUUUAAUGAAUUUAACAAAAUAGUGAUAUAUUUUUUAUUUAUAUUUAUUCUGUCAUUAAUCAAACUUAUUGAACAUACAAGCGUUAAAUAAUCAAGGGAAAAAAAUACUAUUUUUUUAAUGUAAGUACUAAAACUUAUAUUCUUGUAGGAUCCUUUCUUGAAAUAGUCUUGUCAAGACGACUAUAUGGAAAAUUUCAUCUUUCUACGUCCAAUAAGAGUGCAUAGGAACGUUGGCAGGGAAAAACCUGGACGAACAUACAUUGAUCAGUUAGUGAAGUUUGGAUAAUCCUGCAUUGAGUGAGUCAGGUUUUUACACGAAGCAACUCCCGUCUGACCUCCGCAACCUGUAUUGGAUCACGAUAAUACAUCUUACCUGAAUGUGCUUCACUGUGUUGCCAAUCAAACUAAUGUACAUAUAUCAGAAAGAGUCAUAGGUACAAGGUCGAAGUAGGAUUUGAACUUGUGUACCACGCUUUCUCAUUUAGGUACUUUAACAAGCCCGUAAAACGAAAUGUUCCCUUUUCACGCAAUUCCGGAGAAUCGUAUAUGUAUUAAUGCUUCCGUAUAAAGACCACAUAUAGGUUAUAUGUCAAAUUUCAAAUCCCUAGAUGUCAAUCUGUUUCAAAAUCUAUCGAGAAGAAAUAUUUCCUGAAAAGACACAUUAAGUAGCCUCUCCAUUUUGCAUUUACAUGACUGCUUUUGCAUGCGAAAUAAAUGUUGAACGAUCAUCCUUGUUACAAAAAAAAAACAGAUAUCGUACGCGCAAUAUGUACCCGCUCCUGCGAACAUUUCGGGAAAUCCUUUAAUAAUGAAAGCCUCUUAAUGCCAAAUUACAGCUUUAAUACCGGUAUUUUCAGAUGUGCGUUGGUCGGUGAGUCAAUCAGUCAGUUUCUUUUUUUAUAGAUAUUGAUUACAUUUGACAUGUUAACAUAACACUUCUCAAUGAGCUGCCGAACCUCCGGUUCGAUUUACACCCGCUUCUGCCGCGGGAAAUCAAUUUAUCGAGCGAGUUAGGAGUAUUUCCAAACUUAUAGUAAUGCAUUUAAUAUGAUACUCAAAAUGAAAUAAAAAACGUGGCCGGUAGGGCAAGCGCUGAUCAGAGCUUAAGCAGUUGAGGCCAGUGCACUGAUCAGUGCUAAGACAGCUGAGAAGAUAACUGAUAUAAAAAAUAAAAGACAAAAAAUAGAAUGUCUUUUUUUCAAUAAUUCUCCUAGCGCCAUUGCAUUCUACAAGUUUAUUCUAUAAGUUACUCGUAUUAAUCAAUUUUUAUUAUUUUACUCAUCGAUUUAUGUUUUUUAUCAUUUUUCAUUGAAUGUAAUUAAAAUGCGAGCUUAAUGUUGAUCAAUUAAUUGUUAGUAAGUAAAAUUUAUCAUGAGGUCGAAUUACGCGUUUGCAUGCAUAAAGAGAAAAAAAACUUAACGUCAUUUUGUCGUUCUUUGUGGCUUAGCUAGUAGUCUUUGAGCCAACAAGUUCGAUUACCGGUUACGCAUUAAAAAAAAUUGUAAUUGGCUUGGGUUUUGGAUGUUAACAUAUGUAUGUAUUUAUCAUAAAUAUAGUAUCGUCGAUUUGGUAUUCACAUCAUCCAUCAAAUUUUACUAAUCAAAUUUAACAAAAUGUUCGCCGCAUUAAAUAAAAAACAGACUUUGACCUUUGAGAUUAUUUUGUGUUUUAAAAGACGAGAAAUCUUAUUCUUUGCAUUAACAAUAAAUUAUUAAGCCUGCUCAUUUCUUGAUCAUUGUGAGUAUGCUAAACGUAGUUCGGUAGUCUAAAUGUAAAAACUAAACGUAAAUAAUGUGUAUACCUUCAUUAUCAUGAGAUAUAUUGUCUAAAUGUAUUUGUUAUAUUUAUUUUAUCGCGUAAACUCAUUCUUCAUAAAAGUUUACUAAAUUACUAAAUAAGGUGCUAACCGCAUACAAAUGUACCUUUUUAUAACCUUUAGUCCCGUUGAGUACAAUCAUAGACAAUAUUUAACGGGAGGUGACAUUGCGUAUCGCGCCAAAAUUACAAACUUUGAACAUGGAAUCCGCUUCAAAGAUUGCUUCGCGUUUGGAAUAAUGUUUAUUCGAAUAAUUCAAAAAAUGUUCCGCAUCGCUUAUAUUUUUUAAUUUUUUUUAAAUUGCCAGUAACAUAUUGUUCUGUCAAAAACUGAAAUUUUAUUUGACGUUUAUUAAAAUAAAAUUACCUUUUAUUGAUUGAAAACAAAAUGGAAGUACGCGCAUUUAAUAAAAUGCACUACAUUAAUUCCCACCUCCCGUUUCCGAUUCCCUAAGCGUAAUAAACAACGGCAGUUUAUUAAUUUCAGGUUAAAAUCGGAGGGCUUACCUCAUAGCGAUCCGUGCGAAGACUGAGAAGAUUAGGUAACUUAGUUAGAACAAUUAUCGUAUAACUUGGGACAUAUCUUGGAUAGUUGGUGAUCUAGAUACUGAGGUAGGAGCAUCGCGUUCUAUUUAGUCUUUGGUCUGCGACAACUUUAGACUAAAUUUAAGACUUAUAUUUCAUUGUGUUGUUGUUGUUGUAACCGUCGUCGUCAGGGGAGUUGCCAAUUAACGUGGCACUUCUUAAUUCUAUUUACUUGUAUCAUUUCUGUGUCCAAUGUUUGUAUGAAUGUUUACAAGUAGAAACGAAAUAAUUUAAUGUAUGUAUGUAUAUUUAGACAUUAAGGGUGUGUUUAGGCACCAUGUACGACAGUUCAGGAAUUAUCAACGAAAACAAACUAUUAUAUAUAAGUAUAAAACAUAAUUACACAUCGACACAAAAUAAAUGAGGCCCACAAUAUUACAAAUGGUUCACUGUUUUUCUAAUUUGUUUAUCGUAUAUCCUAAAAGAUGUCAGUAGAGAAUAAGUAUAUCAUCUCACAUAAUAUAUUUUAGCACCAUGUAUUAUUUUGUACCAAAAUUGUAAUGAUUGAUGACGUCGUAUAUAUAUAUAUAUAUAUAUAUAUAUAUAUAUUAUUUGAUAAAUUGAUUGAACAUCUGCUUUUUGUUCAAAUUCAAAUUUUUCAUUCAUCAUUAUACGGAUACUUCAUAUCGCUUAAUAAUUGUCAAAACGUAUGGUUUAACAACAUUGGUAAAAUUACUUAAAAAUAAGUUCACUACCGCUUCUAAGGCGUCAGUGCAGAAGAAGUUCAAGAAGAAUGAAAAAUGGUAAAAUAUUGUAUUUCAUGUGUAACUUUUCCUUCCUUCUACCUGACGUGAAUCCCCGUGACAUCCACACAUCUCUUCAAUGAACCCCGGGCGCGCUUCUCGACCAUGAUUCCCAGAUUGAUAAGUCAAGCUUCGAUCUCCACAACCUUUCUACGGAAACUUUACGAAACAACCCGUAUAGGAUCAUGGUAAAAACUGCACUAGAUGAGUGCGCCAGUUUCCUUAGUCGCCUUUCACGAUAUGCGAAUUGUAGCUAGCUCUUUUAUUUUUUACCAACAGCAUUUUGGAGUGUGUUAACGCUUUCGUAAUUAGCUUUAUUCAGACAUCAAGGUUGUCCUAACCUAGGUAAGGCUAAUUUACUAGGUUUUUAUUUUUAACUAAAAUGCGACCCUCGUUUGACUUCGGAAAAGACUAGGAAAGAAUAUGCCUAGAUUAUAAUUAUUGUUGUUUAUUUAGCUUAUGUUUUUGGUGAAAGUCAGUUUUCAUCGAGACGAGAUAACGAGCGACACAAUUAACAUAAAACGAUAUAUCUGUACACAUUGAAACUAUCGCAUCUCGUCGUGAACUGACCCUUUGUCGCCUUUUACGACGUCCACGGUAUUUGCAGCGGUUAACACGGCUUCACGUUCUCACUUUUAUAAUUCCACGUUAACUACUUAUUUUAUUAAAUGCGAUACUUGUAAAUACAUGAGACAUCGCUCUAAGUUUAGGUUAUAUAGUAUUUAAUUAUACUAAUUAAAUGAUUUUUUUCUUUAUUAUUUUUAUACUAUACCUACCUUUAUUGGGGACGUGUUAUUUACAUAUAGUAAUAGUUUACAUCUGAGAAUAUGUAUAUUUUGGUAAUUUUAAAUAGUUUGUAUUGCUUAAAACAAUAGUGAUGUUGUUUUUGAGUUUUAUUACUUUAAAAAGUGAGAGUUAGUUUUACGCGACUUGUCGUACUAGCAUCUUCUUUAGUCGCAUGCUACGUUAUCUAAACAAACUUUACUAUGCCGUAAACUACACGGCAAUUCUUAUAAGCACACUUGUAUCUUGCCACUAAUUUGAUAGUAUAUUUUAAUGAUUGUGUAAUUUAUCAGUCAUGAUCAUGACAGUUUAUUAUUUAGGUCCCCGGUAAAGGUACAGUCAUUAUAUUUGUCUCCAAUCAAAUGUUGUAUACGAGUAUAGCCGUCACUGUCACACAGUCACGGUUAAUAAGAGAAGGGUAAAAAAACAAAAUGGCCGCGGACUAUUUUUUGAUCGGAACGAAAUAUAAUGUAAUUUCAUGUUAGAUACAUAUGAUUUUAGCGUUAAGAUGUGUGCGGAUCAUGUAACAAUGUUUACACGUCCGCAUUAUCUGACACUAGCUGUGCCCGCGACUUCGUCCGCGUGGAAUAGUCAUUUUGGGCAUCAUUGAAGCCCCCAAGGAUGAAUAAUUUUCCCCGUUUUUUUUACAUAUUCCAUUAUUUCUUUGCUCCUUAUAGUUGCAGCGUGAUGUUAGAUAGCCUUAAGCCUUCCUCGAUAAAUAGUCUAUUCAAACAAACGCGUUCAAAUAAACACUCUUCAGCUUUAUAUUAUUAGUAUAGAUUGUUUUAAAAUUAGCAACAUAAAACAUCACUGUACAAGUUAGAAUAACAAUGUUACAUAACAUAUGAAAGUAACAAUAAUUAUAACUGUUAUAAACAUUUAGUGUCCACAUUACUGAAACAUUGUUAUUUAAUAAAGUAUAUCUUAAUAUUAUAAAGCUGAAGAGUUAGUUUGUUUGUUUACAUACAUACAUACAUAAAAUCACGCCUCUUUCCCGGAGGGGUAGGUAGUUUGUUUGUUUGAACGCGCUAAUUUCAGGAACAACUGGUUCGAAUUGAUACUUUUGCGUUGAAUAGACUUUAGAAGGCUUUAGGCUAUAUAACAUCACGUUGCAACUAUUAGGAGCGAAGAAAUAAUGGAAAAUGUGAAAAAAUCGAGGAAAUUUAUUCACCCUUGAGGGCUUCAAUGAUGCCCAAAAUAACUAUUCCACGUGGACGAAGGCACAGCUAGCUAUGUUAUAUUAUCCGUACGCACCGUUAUAUUAUUUUUGUAUACAGUAUUAUGCAACAGGCAUUUCUUUUUAUAUCAACGAGUCCCGUUGGUAAAUGUAUUUGAAAUUUGGCUUGGCUCUUACACAUGUUAUAUACAAAUGCUUUUUAUUCUGCAUUAGUUAAAAAACUGAUUGAUCAAGUCCACAUGCCAAAAUAUAUUUUUCUCUAAAGAAACAAAGAAAACGGGACUAAAAUUUUGAUCUUAUUUUUCUAUACCUAAUUUUUGUCCAAGGUGUUAACCCUUGUCAUGUUUAAAUAAACCUAGGUAUAAUUUGAUAUCCCUGAUUUUUUCUGUAGAACUUUAAAGACCCAUAAAUCCAAUUUGGGCCACUCCGCAAACACAUGACUUUUCAAUGGAACUGCCAAUAUUAUAUAAUGAAAAAACUUUAAAUGUGUCAAUAAAAAUAUCAACAAACAAUUGUGUAUGGUGAAACUUUUCCAUAAAUUCAAUGAUUGCACUUAUGAAAAGGUGAAUACAAAUAAAAUCGUCCAUUUAUAAAAUUUGGAAGCGUAUACGUUGUUUAUGUGGAAAAAGUUUAUACAUGCAUUUUAGUACCUUUAUAUUUAGCACCAGUAAUGUUAGAACUAAGUUACGUAUGUACUUGAUGUAAUCCAAUGUCUCGAGUAUACAUAAUAAAAUGUUUUCAUUAUGAA